CAAACCAUGAAGUCCACCAUAGACAAGCCUACGCGAGAGGUGAACAUGCCGGCUCGCUGGGGAGGGUUUCCGGCGCUCGCUCAAUGCCGGUCGUACCUGGUCGUUGUUAUUUCGGCGGACGCGCCGGCUGAUCUGGGCGGGGUCGAAGAAGCACUGCGGCAAGCGAGGCGAGGUUUACCUCAAUCCACAAUCGAUCACUACGUCGUUUCCUCGUGGUUGAUGCUGUACUUUUUAGGAUAUCUUUGUCCCAUCGGCCGCUCUCGACGAUCGUGCUCACACGAGGACCUAUAGUGCUCCCGGAGCUUGCGGGGUCCUAUGCCGUGGGUGAGGUUCUGGCUAAGUGGACUUCUCGGUAUCGACGACUCGCACUCCGCCACGACGAUACACCGUUACCUCAACCUACUGUCAUUUCCUGCCACUCCGUCAUCAUUAUAGUACGCCAGGUUCGCCAGCAUUUCGCGGAGUAUAAGCGCCGUGGUCGCAUCGCAUCCGC